AAAGUGGCUGAAGAAGCUUAUGAGGUGUUUUUGGCACAUGAUCAAAAUAGAAAAUGUAAGAAGCAAAGUAAAGUGGCCGAAAAGACUAAUGAAGAAUGUGAGUCACAUCUAAUAGCUGAAGAGGAAGCUUAA